CUGCCAAGCAACAUCACUUCUGCCAUCGGAAAGCUUUCCUCUUGCCAUUGAAAUUGUGGGAUCGUAUUUGUAUUGGAAGAGCACAGCAAUCUCCUUUGCAAAAAUUAGAUCGAGAGCCGGAAAAAGAAGUGGAACGAGUGUUGAAGGCAAGCGACUUCAAAUAGAGGAGUUCGUGAACUUCAAAAUAUUUCUUUCCUAAAAAUUGGAAAAGAAAAUGAGUUUUCGAUGCACGACCAAUUAAAAAUCCUGGGAAGAGAAAUUGUCAAGGAAAAUCUUCAAAACCCCGGGAAGCGCAGCAGGCUGUGGGAUUACAAAGAUGUCCAAACAACAUUGCGGAAAAAGAUGCCAAAUUGGCAGUGUACCGAAAAGGUUGAAGCUCUCCGUGUGACCCUCAAUUUUAAUCAAGAUGAACGGGUAUUCGACUGUGUUCAUUGUGACCAUUUUCAUCAUCUAUCAAAUCUGAGGCUUCUUGAGUUGAAUAAUGCUGGUCUUGAAGGAAAUCCCAAGAAUCAUCUUCUUUCGAACUUAGUAUGGCUUGAUUGGCGAGGAUGCCGUGAGAAAUCUAAGUUAUUUGCAUUGAAUAUGAAGAACCUGGUAAUUCUCAACUUAUGUUCGAGCCCAGUCGAAUUGAACUUGGAAGACUGGAAACGAUUAAUGCUGAAAGCUGGGAGUUUGAAAGUCUUGAACCUGAAAGGCUGUCCCUGGAUCACUGCAUCUCUGGAAUUCCCUGCCUCAAUGCCUUUAUGCUGCUUGAUCCUGGAAGGUUGUUUAUUAUCAACUCCAACAAUUGAUGAAUCCAUUUCUAGCUUAGAAAAUCUAGUUUCCUUAAACAUGAAGCGUUGCAUAUCGAUGAAACAUUUGCCGCCAGCACUGUGUUCCCUAAGAGCAUUGAAAGAGCUUCUCAUUUACGGAACUAAAGUUGAAAGACUUCAUUUUGAGGAAGGCUCUCUGCCAGCACUGGAAAUUCUCAGUGCUUGCGAAUGUGAAGUAUUGGGUGAAGUCACUGAUUCCAUUGGAUUAUUAAAGAAUCUUCGGAAGCUUGCUUUAAGAAGUUGCAAGCAGCUAAAAGGGCUUCCACAUUUCAUUGGAAAGCUUGUUUGGCUACAGGAAAUGGACCUGUCGUACACCUUAAUCAAUGAAUUACCUUCUUCUGUCAAGGAAUGGAAAAAUCUUGAAGUGCUAAAGAUGGUUCAUACUUACCUAGAAGGAUUUCCUGAAGCCAUAAAAGAUCUUGAGAAGCUUCAAGAGUUGGAUUUCACCCACUGCGAAAGUUUGAGUGAAGAUUGCGACAUCACAGGAUUGUCUUCUUUGAGAAUCGUGAGAUUAAAAUGCACCAGAAUUUCUCGCGUGCUCACUGGAGAUUAUGGGCUUUCUAAUCUCUACAUUCUUGAGAAAGAUGACGGCGUCGAGUUUAUCUAUCCUCGCGCAAUUUCGCUUUAGGUCAGACCUUCUUAUCGACAAAAUGCAGAUGAUCCUGUGGAUGUCAUACUUUAGUCUUGAAGGUCCAAAACCAAGGUACGUCUCGGAAAUUUCUUAUCCAUGUGGGCUUAAACGAGUAAGUGGAUAACUGAGCAAGUUGACUUAGUCAAACUGCUCCUCUUGACGAGAAAAGUUACAUAACUAUUGAUGUCAGAGCCAUUGAAUUUUAAAUUAGUGGGCACGAAUGAUGUCAAGCUGUGUUUCUAAAAAGCUGAACUUGAAGCGCGAUCGUGUCUUUGGAAAGACACUACUCUUCGUUCCUUUUUCUUUUUUUUUUUUUGUGCUUGGAGACACUGCUCUUCUUAUGACAGCAUGUAUCCGGACCUUCUUAUCGUAGUUUACUCCUUGGGAGCAUUUUUGAAUUAGCUUGUUGCAUCAUCUAUGCAACUGGUUCUGUUUUGUCUUCCUCACCGUCACUAGAUUGGCAGGGGUCACCUUAGUUGUUUUUGUUUUUUGUGUCUCAAUUUAUUGAGUUUUCUGUGUGCAAUUCUGUUUUAUUUUUUCCUUUCUCUCUGUUUUCUUUUUUCUGCAUAGGGCUAUUAUCAGCAGCAAGAAAAAGUAAAAAAUUGUUUUUACAUUAGUUCAGUACACGCCUAUACAAUGAUUCCCAUCUUAGGACUACAAGCAUAUACUGCCAAAUUCAGUUUGAAGUGAUAAGAGGACAACGCAGAGGGAAUUUCUUUGGAAAUGCAAGAAGUUGAGUUUGAAUGGCCUAAUGCUAUUUCCUUGGUUUGCUGCUUGCAGGCAUCCUAUGCUUUUAUUCAGAUUGUGCAUAGGUGCCAAAUGCAAAACAAGCCCCAAGGAAACUAAGGCAAGCUGUUGCUAAACCCAACUGGACUUCCUAAUUGUGGACACGGUUGCUUCAUGUUAUGUUGUUUUCUUAUUGUUUUUUCUCUGUAACUCUUCCUGUUUCUCCUGCUUCUAGGGAGCGUUAUCUAGAUCAAUUAUCAAUCAGAAACUCAUUAGAUGCAACUGGAACAAGUGAAAGUGCAUCGGGUUAGGACUGUCAUCGUGCCUACGUCCCAGUUAAUUUAUCGAGCACACGGGCCUUAGCUCCUUGCUUAAUUUGAAUAAAAAAUGUAGGGCCACAGUGGUAGUCUCAAUCUUCAGAAUACAUAAUGAAAAAUACAAUGUCAUCCAAGACCAAACAUGAACAUGUGGUGGUGAAAACCUAAUAAGAAAGCAGCAGAUUUAUACUUAAGUAGACAUAGCAAUAACCCAUUUGGUUAACCAAGUCGUGAAGCAUUUGAGUUCAAUGCUUGAAGAUGGCUUUAGUUCCAGAAUGCAACCGAGGAAUCGUGCCAUCCAGAGCCAAUUUCAGUGUAGAGUUGGCUCUGAGAUGAUACAUUUGUUUGCUUAAAGUAGACGGGAGUCUCAAAGAGAGUUUGAACCCAAGACCAACAUCCGGAAACAUUUCCCUUAACACUAGGGCCAACGGAAACUUUUCCAGUUAUGGUCAUAGAAUCAUAUAUAUUAACUUCAGCAAUUCACGUAUUGAAUCUUUUUUCCUUAUGAAGAAAGACCAGCUUUCUCGGAUGAACUGAAAGUUAUCAUCAGAUAUAAGAACUUUACCGAUUAUAUUUCCUUCUGCAUUAGUUCAUCAUGCCAUAUACUCAUUUUUCAGUUCCAUUCUACUCAGAGUUUGGUUGUUUUGGUGUUGUUGAAAAAAUUCUCUCAUCUCAUGGACUUGAUCGAAACCAAAACUCCAUCUGAUCCCACUUCGUUCACUGUCUCAUAAUAUCCUUUGACAUAGCUAAUAGAGAUCGUGCAAUUAGGAGUGCAUAUUAUCAAGGCACAGCCGGCCUAUCAUAUCACUCGGCAUGUCAUGUUUGAGAAUGUGGAAAGAUGGCUAAAAGAUACUUGCAACACCACGAGGCCAACGUCGUGAUCAUGCUCAUUGGAAACUAGGCAGACCUGCAUCGUCUCCAAGCCGUUUCCACGAGAGAUGCACUUUCUUUGUGGACUACUAUGCUCUAGAGGCACUUAAUGUCAAGAGUGCCUUCACGGAAGUGUUGACUCAGAUCUCAGAUCUGUCGUGAGGUCAGCAGGAUGGCUCUCGACAUAAGUGAUGGCCCUGCAGCUUUGCCAAAGAGAGACGAUCAACAAAGGAAACAGGGACGAUGUCUCAGCUGUUAAGAUAGCCGGUUGUUGCUCUUCAUGGGAAAUCGUGGUUGUCGUGCGCAACACACGAAAUUUAUUUUCUCUUCAUGGCAUCGUGCUCACGUAGGAAAGGAGAAAUUAAAGAUGGACCUCACGAUAUCAUCCCGUAAUCAGGCAAGCUAACAGCAUAUUUAUGUUUGCUAGAUGUUUCUCGAACGGGUAUGACUCUUGGGGGUACAUUAAAUGCGUGUUUGGUAACAUUUUUAUUUAUCU